AUGAGCCAGCUUUUAGAGAGCGAAAGCGAUGCUGCAUCGACUUCCAGUACAGGCGAAAGCUCAAGAUUUGGAAAAGCUUCUUACAGUGUCCAAGACGGACUUGAACAGUAUUCUAAACGGCUGAGUUUUCUAGGACUAGGCAGCAGUGACGAUGUUCCCGCUCUGGAGGAUAACUCCAGUGGUGCUGAUGCUAGCAGCGGAAACAUCAAAGCUGAACCUGCGCCAAAGCGCUCUGCACCAGUUAGCACUUCCGCUGUUCUGACCCAUCUUACCCCAGCCGGUGACCAAGCCAUCAAGAGGUUCACUGAGAAAGAAGGCAUCUUGCCUGAAAAAGUCCAAAUCAAGUUCCAACCGAUAGGAUCUGUUUCACAAGUUCUGCCGCAGUCUGCUCGUAUCUCUGCCUCGCAACCUUUUUCAGUGCUAGUGACCUUCCUACGAAAAAAGCUCAAGAUGAACAGCGUUUACUGCUAUGUUAACAAUUCUUUCUCACCUGCACCCCAGCAGUCUGUGGGCGAUUUAUGGAGACACUUUCGGGUAAACGAUGAGUUAGUUGUAAGCUACUGCGGUGGUGUCGCAUUUGGGUGA